AUGACGGCAGUGGAGAAAAGCCCUCGGGUCGUCCACUGCCCGAUGCGUCGACCAAUUUUCGACCCAAAAGAAACUACUCGUUAUGGAAUAUGGAAUGUACGGACUCUGUACCAAACAGGUAAAUUGGCCCAGCUUCUAUAUGAAUUUGACUUGUACCGUAUGGACAUCUUGGGCAUCUCAGAAAUGCGAUGGGCAGGAAGCGGGAAGAUGGUUAGUGAUGGAAAGAUGGUGCUCUACUCUGGCCAUGCCCAAGAUCAUGCACGUGGCGUGGGCUUCAUCCUCUCGCGACGUGCAACAACAUCAUUGCUGGCCUGGAAGCCCAUUUCAGACCGUCUAAUCUUGGCUCGUUUCCAAGCUAGGCAUGUGAAAGUCACAAUUCUUCAAGUAUAUGCUCCAACGGAAGAGGCUGACGAUACUGACAAGGAUGGUUUCUAUGCGAUGCUCCAGGAUGCCAUUGACAACUCCCCGCGUCAUGAUUUGCUGAUCGUGCUGGGCGGAGAUUUCAACGCGCAAAUAAGCAGUAACCGGGAUGGCCUGGAAUCGACUAUUGGCCCGUUUGGAAUCGCAGCAAUGACAAAUGAAAACGGUGGGCGGCUGAUCUCGUUCUGUGCGGCAAACCGGCUGACCAUCAAGAACACCUUCUUCGGCCACAAGCGGAUACACAAGGCGACGUGGAAGGCCCCCGGUGGCAGAUAUACAAGCGAGAUCGACUACAUCUGCAUAUCAUCCCGCUGGGCAUCCACCAUUAGCGAUGUUAGAGUGUGGCGUGGAGCCGACAUUGACUCUGAUCACUACCUGCUAAUUGCCAAAUGUAAACUUCACCUGAAGCGCCUCAAACCACGACUGCAGUGGCCAAGUCCUUUUAACGUUCAACGCCUAAAAGAUGCAAAUACGGCAGCGGAAUUUCAAAUCGAAUCGAGAAACCGCUUCCAGCUCCUUGCUGCGGAAGGAAAUAACAACAAAAAUCCAGAUACACUCCGGGAUGAGCUAAAAGAAGCUGUGGUCGAUGCAGCAGAAUCGAAGAUUGGUCGCCGACGGGGCAGCUUUAAGGAGCGCUGGAUCUCCGACCGUUCAUGGGAACUUAUAGAUCAACGUCGCUUGGCAAAAUCAGUUCGGGACCAGGUGGCCUUUGACCCACAUGCUUCUGCAGACCAGCGUGAGAGGGCCAUGGCCACCUACCAAGACCUUGCCCGACAGGUCAAACGCAGCUGCCGGCGUGACAAGCGUAAAUGGAUCGAAGCUAAAGGCAUCGAAGCCCAAGAAGCAGCCGAUCGGAACAAUACCCGAACCUUAUAUCGCAUUGUACGAGAUCUAACUGGGGCUCGUGGUGGCCGCGGUGUUCCAAUCCGAGACAAAAAUAGACAUGUCCUCCUUACUGCAGCUGAACAAGACCAACGAUGGGUCAAACACUUCCGCGAUACUCUGAACCAACCUGAGCCAUCCCAACGGUUCGAGGCCGAAGACCUGACACCUUCCAUGGAUCUUCUUCCUGUCGAUAUCGGACAAAUCAGCAUCACUGAAGUCAAGACAGCGAUCCAACUCCUCAAGAGUGGAAAGGCCGCAGGCCUGGACGAAAUCCUCGCCGAAAUGCUGAAGCAUGGCGGACCCCAUCUUGAAGCCGCCCUUACAAGACUCCUAAACGCCUGCUGGUCAACAUCACAUAAAGAAACGUUGCUAUCAGAGCUGGACAUAGCUGAGAUGCAGCUGGCAUUGGGACUGCUGGCCAUUUUAAACCAAAAUAUGUGGGAGCGAUAUCUGCUGAUAUUGGAGCACUUCAGUGUGACUUCUUGA